AUGGCUUCUGGCGACCAACCGCCGAUGGGAAGCUCGCCGCCGGCACCACCUGCGGCUGCGGGGGCCCGGCAGCCGCGGUUGGACAGCCAUUCAGGGGCGCUAAGCAUCGGCAAGCUUGACGUCCAGGGUGCGUUGGCAAGUGCCCAAGAAGAUCAAGAAGAAGCCAUCCAGGUCAUGGGGGAAGCUGCAGCAGGCCUCGCCGCGGUGUGCCCUGGUGCCACGAAGCCAGCUGGCAGCACUCCGGAGCAGGUCGAGGCUGCCAACGAGCCACUUCCCGCCCUGUACGGGUCGGCCCAGGAGGCGUACGCGAUGGAGACGCUGCAGCCGCUGACCAUGGACCUGGUCAUGGAGCUGCUCAGUGAGAUGCCCGAGGAUCCGAUGGGUUUCGCCAUCGGCUGGCUGCGCCGACGUGCGCCGCACCGGGAGGGCCCCGGCCCUUUGUACAGCGAACUGACCCGGAUCCAGAUGCAGGCAAUUCCAAUUUUUGCCCCAUGCUACAUGAGCUAUCGCCGGGACUCAGGAAAGGUGCUUAGCUUUGCCGAAGUGGAGCCUGCCCCACAGGAGGUCUCCGAACUUGAGGGCAUCCUGGCGGCGCAUGCGGUGCAGGCCAGCGCCAGUGGUGGCUGCGGGGGAGCCUCGGAGAUGGAGAUAGCACACGGCAUGCCAAGCUAUAGUGAUUUUGCCGCCAAAGAUUUUGCAAAAGUGCGGACGGAGGCCUUGCGGCUGGAUCGACUCCCGGGGCUGGAGAGCGGCUCGGCGCCCGAGGUGGAGAGGCUUUGCAGCAAGGGAGUCUUAGAGCAAGCGUUCACAAAGUCACAGGGCAAGCCGCAGCAGGUGCAGAUUGCCGGGAUGCAAAGCUCAAUUCCAGGGGUGCGCGUUGGCUUCAGUUGGCUUCGGUUGGGUCUGCGCUGUGAUGUCAGCAGCGCAGAGCAAGUGGCGCUUCAGGGGCAGGGCAUGGACCAGGCACAGCCAGCUGAGAAGGUGGCCGCGACAAAGACAGGCGUCGAUGCCACGAAGCCAGCCGGCAUGCCGGAGCAGGAAGCGGAAGCUGAAGAAGUGAAGGCCCAGUACAGCCUGCGGGAUACUGCCGGCCUGGUCGGCUUCUGCAGGGACGCAGACGUGCGGCUCCUGCGGCCCCAGUACUUGCAAGAGCUGCACGAGGCCGGACGCACGUGGCCCCGCAGGCAGGAAGCGGAGCAGGAGUACACGAAGGAUGGGAAGGAAGCGCUCUACACGCAGGAGGAGCUGCAGGAGAAGGUCUGCCUGGGGUGGGAGCGCUUCACGGUCUUCGCACUGUCGCAUGUGUGGGAAGCCCGUGAGCAUCCGGAUCCUGCUCGGCACCAGCUGGGAGUCCUGGUGGAAGCGCUGCGCAACUUCCGGGACUUCUUGCGGAAGCUCGCCCCUGUGGAGUCGGAGAGGGUCCACGCCGACUGGGAGGCCGCGGUCUUCAUCGACUACAGCUCCCUCUACCAAUUCCAGCGGUUGCCCGACCAGGAUGCGUCCUUCAAGAAAGCCAUGGGCAAUAUGCAUGUGGUCUACUCGCACGACGAGAGCUUCACUUUGCGGAUCGAGGGCCUCACCCCGGGACUCCACGACCCCGACCGGCCCAGGGCCGAGCUUUGCCAUGAGAAGGUGUCCGUCUUCCACGUGCCCAGGAACGCCGUGGUGGACGUGUCCUUAGCAGAGCUCCGUGACACAAACGAGGAAGGGAAAUGCUGCCCAUCCUGCGGGCAAGCCUGCGCCCAGCUCCACGGCAACAGCGUGGAGUACCAGCGUCGCGGCUGGUGCUCCGCCGAAGCACAAUGGUCCGCCGCGAGGGCUGCUCCUUGGCACAGCAUCCCCAUCCCCUUCCGGGAGGGGGCGGCGGGCACCGCCCCCAUGGCGCCGGAGGACUUCCGGGCCUUCGCGGAGAAGGGCCACCUGCGCUUCACCCACCGCUCCGACCUGGAGCCGGUGGUCCGAUUGCAAGCCCAAGUCUUCCAAGAGAAAGCGGCCGCUUGCACGAGCCUGGUUAUUGAUGACCUGUCACUCGACGGGGUGAAGACCCUUACCCGCGCUUUGCCCCACUACCCCAAGCUGGAAGAGCUUCACGUUUCUCGCAGCCAGCCAGGGACUGCGUUCGAGGGCCUGGUGCGGGCGCUGCCGCCUUGUCUGCGAGAGCUGAAGCUGGUCGCUUGUGACCUCGGGGACGCAGAGGCGCAGGCCCUCGCCGACGGCCUCCAGGGCCACUCGGCGCUGGAGGUGCUGUGGCUCCACCAAAACCGCAUCGGCGUCGCAGGUUUGCAGGCCUUGGCGGGCGCCCUCCGCAGCCACGGCCGCCUCCGGAACGUCGACCUUAGCCACAACGGCUUCGGUGACGAGGGCGCCGAGGCGCUGGGCGCCGCCAUGGGCUCCUGGCCGCUCCUGCAGGACCUGAACAUUGGCGGGAACUCCAUCGGCGACCUUGGGGCCAAGGCUAGCAAGGUCUCGGGACUGGUUGAUGCAGACCUGAGGCCCUCGAGAUUCCACUCGGACAGUCUGCAGUCAUGCCAUCCGGACAUCCUGCAGACAUUCCAUACAGCCCUCGCUGACGGCCUCCAGGGCCACUCGGCGCUGGAGGUGCUUUGGCUCUUUCAGAACCGCAUCGGCGACGCAGGUUUGCAGGCGUUGGGCGCCGCCAUGGGCUCCUUGCCGCUCCUGAAGGAGGGUGUCUGGCAAAAGGAGCUGGACAUUGGCGGGAACUCCAUCGGCGACCUUGGGGCCAAGGCUAGCAAGGUCUCGGGACUGGUUGAUGCAGAUCUGUGGCUCGGGACACUGACCCUUGCAGUGGUGCCCAUUCCCAAAGAAUUUCGCCGAGUAUCACUGGAGUCAGAGUCCUGCCUGGAGCUAGUGGCCCCCUUACCUGGCCGCUCUGAAAGGCAGCCUACCUACACGGGGGGCGUUCAGCGCGAAACGGAGGUGCCCGGUUGCCCGGUUUGUGGAUGCGACAUAGGAUGGUUGGUGCUCUUGCUAGGCCUUUUCUUUUGGACUAAGCACUCUGACCCGGACCAACGCGCGCUGCACCGCUCUGCUGUGCACGAGAAUCCCCCAAGCAACUCCGCCGUGGAUCCGGUGCAGGCCCUCGCCGACGGCCUCCAGGGCCACUCGGCGCUGGAGGUGCUGUGGCUAAACCAGAACCGCAUCGGCGACGCAGGUUUGCAGGAGAAUCCCCCAAGCAACUCCGCCGUGGAUCCGGUGCAGGCCCUCGCCGACGGCCUCCAGGGCCACUCGGCGCUGGAGGUGCUGUGGCUAAACCAGAACCGCAUCGGCGACGCAGGUUUGCAGGCCUUGGCGGGCGCCCUCCGCAGCCACGGCCGCCUCCGGGACCUCAGCCUGAGCGACAACAGCUUCGGUGACGAGGGCGCCGAGGCCCGCGAGCUUGCCCUGACUGGGCCUGCUCGUCUGCAGACGUUUGUGGAGCAGCAUCCUUCAGCGCUGGGUGCCGCCCUCGGCUCCUGCCUGCUCCUGCAGGAGCUGAGGAUUGCCGCGAACUCCAUCGGCGACCUUGGGGCCAAGGCUAGCAAGGUCCCGGGACUGGUUGAUACAGACCUGUGGUUCGGGCCACGGUUCCGACUUUCCAUUUUCGCGGAUCAGAAGCUCCAUCAGACACGAGUUCAGGGAUUUGGCGUCGGUUGUGCCCUCGCCGACGGCCUCCGCGGCCACUCGGCACUGGAGGUUCUGUGGCUCUUCCGGAACCGCAUCGGCGAUGCAGGUUUGCAGGCAGUACGAGGCGGAUGGGUGGUCAAGGCGGAAGACAAGGCCUUGGCGGGUGCGCUCUGCAGCCACGGCCGCCUCCGGGACCUCAACCUCGCCCGCAACCGCUUCGGUGACGAGGGCGCCGAGGCGCUGGGGGCCGCCCUCUGCUCCUGGCCGCUCCUGCAGGAGCUGAACCUCGACGGGAACUCCAUCGGCGACCUUGGGGCCAAGGCUGGGGGGGAAGACGCCUCCGGAGCCUUGGCUCCGGCUCUGCGGCAACUCACCGGGCUCCGGGUGCUGACUCUUCAUUUCAACGAGCUGGGAGCCGCUGGGAAGGAGGCCGCAGACUCUGCCCGUACGGGCCGUCACCACCGCGUGCCAGCACCUCCCGGCACUCGACCUGCAACUCUAGCCGCCCUGCAGCAAACGGAAGGUUUCCUGGGAAUUUCGCACUUUGAGAGGUGUUGUGGGCGCUUUGAGAGGUGUUUUGGGGCCUGCGGGGCAAGGUUUCACUUGCGGCGCGCGCGCAUCCAGGCCGUUCGCAUGUGGAUCCGGGAGGCGCGGUCCGCUGGCGAGUUGCCUUUUUCUGGAGCUAGCUCCGCCUACAGAGAGCAGCGGGCCCACAUCGUCUCCGGGGGAGAACCCCUUCGAAGACCUGCGGGCCGGGGUUCUGCAAUUGUCAGUACAGCGGAGCGCCUCGCCUCCUUGGCCUGCCAGUCGGAGUCUGGAUCCAUGUACCUCCGUGACUACCGACUCCUCUUGCCUUCCCGCGCAUCCCAGCGGGCGGCGUCCAUGGCCCGGCUCUGGAACACGUCCGCUUGCGCCCACCUUGUGAUUCGCUGCCACACCUGCCUUUCGGGAAUGAGUGUUGUUGAGCUACUGCUUGCUACCAUGCCCUGUGGCACUGUGCGACAGGUCGGCUCCAGUCCUUUCGACGACCUGCGCGAGGCGGCGCUGGAGCUCCGGGAUGCUCUCAGCGAGCAGCCGGAUCUGCGCCGCCAGGCGCAGCAACUGCACACGACGGCGAUUCAGGUCCAGCAACUGCACACCACGGCGAUUCAGGCACAGCGGGAACACUUCGAGAAGUUGUUGGAGGAACAGGAGGACUCACGCAAGAAAGCACUUCAGGAACAACGAGACUACUAUGAGUGCUUGCUGCAGGCCAAGGAUGAUGCGCCCAAGCGAGCUACUCAGGGUGGGAUGACAAACGUGCCCGACGAGGGCGUGCACGCCACAGGGCAAGCCGCAGCAGGCACAGAUUGGCGCAAUGCAAGCUUUGUUGGCCCACAGGGUAUGCUCGAUCACCUGUUUCGGUACGGCAGCCGUUUCGCUUGGAAGCUGGGCAGUGCCACAGGCAGCGCAGAGCAAGAGGCGCUUGAGGAGCAGGGCAUGGACCAGGUGGCUGCGGCAAAAACAGGCUUGGUCCGCGUCACGUGCCCUGGCGAUGCCAUGAAGCCAUCUGCCAGCACGCCAGAGCAGGUCGAGGUUGCCGACGAGUCGCCUGGAACCAAGGGAUACAUGGGGGAGGAUCCGACGGGUUUCGCCAUCGACUGGCUGCGCCAACGUGCGCCGAACCGUGAGGGCCACGGCACUCUGUCCCUCCGCCGCCGGAAUGAUGCCCUGAAGCAGGAGGUCUCCGAACUUGAGGGCAUCCUGGCGGCGCACGCAGUGCAGGACGAGCCUCGCUUCUCCAAUCCCCGCAGAUCUGUUAAUGAACCCAUUGACUACAUUGAUGGCUUGAGGACGGGAGCUUCUGGCUACCCGGCGGAUGGCGGUGGCCUCAGCGAUGGUGGCGCGGACGGGUCGGACGUCCAGGUCACAGGGCAAGCCGCAGCAGGCCACAUUGCCGGGCUGGCACGCUCGAAAAUGACAGAAACUUCGAAUGGGGUCUACUCCAGCUUCUCACACCCGAACCGUUUGCGCUUGCAAGCUCCGCUCCCGCCAGAGGCAGCGCAGAGCAAGUGGCGCUUCAGGGCAGGCAUGGACCAGGGCACAGCGUCGAUGCACGAAGCCAGCCGGCAUGCCGGAGCCAGGGCCGAUCAUGGCUUGUCAUCACCCUGGUUUGCCUUCGAGGAGGCCCAGUACAGCCUGCUGAAUACUGCCGGCCUGGUCGGCUUCUGCAGGUACGCAGACGUGCGUCUCCUGCGGCCCCAGUACUUGCAAGAGCUGCACGAGGAAGCGCUCUACACGCAUGAGGAGCUGCAGGAGAAGGUCUGCCUGGGUGGGAGCGUUUCAACGGGUCUUCGCACUGCUGGGAGUCCGGUGGAAGCGCCGCGCGACUUCCGGGACGUCUUGCGGAGCUCGCCCCAAAGGAGUCGAAGAUGGUCCACAUCCGACUGGGAGGAUGCGUCCUUCAAGAAAGCCAUGGGCAAUUGCAUGUUUGUCUACUCGCACGCAGAAGCUUCACUUUGCGGAUUUCCGGUCCUUCGCGAGAAGGGCCACCUGCGCUUCACCCACCGCUCCGACCUUGACCCGGUUGCCAUCUUCAAGCCAAGGUCCUUCCAAGACAAGGGCCUGGUGCGGGCGCUGCCGCCUGGGCUGCGAAGCUGGUGCUGGGCGAUUGCCAACAUCGGGACGGUAGGCGCAGGCCAUCGCCGCGACCUCCAGACCACCCGCGCUGAGGUGCUCCUUCUCUACCUUCUCCCAGAACGGCAUCGAACGCAGGAGGUUCUGGCAAAGGUGAAGUGCGACGGAUUUGCCGAGCUUCGAGGGGGUGCAAAGCUUGGGCUAGCAACCGAGAGAAUCGCCGCCGCCCCUCCAAACUGGAACUUGCAACCACAGAACGCCUGUGAGGAGCUUUGGACAUUGGCUGGAACUCCAUCGGCGACCUUGGGGCCAAGGCUCGCGGGGACUUGUCAGGAGAUGUGGGCGGAGGGUGUGGACCCCGGCCUUCUCCAAGAAUUUAAAAUUCCCAGGGCUAGCAAGGUCUCGGGACUGGUUGAUGCAGACCUGUGGCUCGGGACACGCCACAGCAGCUUCGGCUUCGGACCUGUGCUCCUGGCAGAGAACGACCGCAAAGGGAUGGAAAGCUCCAUCAAGCACGCGUUCAAGGCCCUCGCCGACGGCCUCCAGGGCCACUCGGCGCUGGAGGUGCUGUAUCUUCACGAGAACCGCAUCGGCGACGCAGAUUUGCAGGCCUUGGCGGGCGCCCUCCGCAGCCACGGCCGCCUCCGGGACCUCGCCCUUCACAGCAACGGCUUCGCUGACGAGGGCGCGGAGGCGCGCGAGCUUGCCCUGACUGGGCCUGCUCGUCUGCAGGCGCUGGGUGCCGCCCUCGGCUCCUGCCCGCUCCUGCAGGAGCUGAGGAUUGCCGGGAAUUCCAUCGGCGACCUUGGGGCCAAGGCUAGCAAGGUCUCGGGACUGGUUGAUGCAGACCUGAGGUCAUUUUGUCCUUUGGUCAAGCAGGGCAGGACUCGGAUUAAAGAGAAUCCCCCAAGCAACUCGGCCGUGGAUCCGGUGCAGGCCCUCGCCGACGGCCUCCAGGGCCACUCGGCGCUGGAGGUGCUUUGGCUCCGCGAGAACCGCAUCGGCGACGCAGGUUUGCAGAUGAGCCCUCCUCCGAACUUCAGCUCGGCCCACUCCUGUGCCGCAAAGGGGGAAGUGGGAGAAAUUCUGAAAGGGGCGCUGGGAGAUGGAAGCCAGGCCUUGGCGGGCGCCCUCCGCAGCCACGGCCGCCUCCGGGACCUCAGCCUCGCCCGCAACCGCUUCGGUGACGAGGGCGCCGAGGCGCUGGGCACCGCCCUCGGCUCCUUGCCGCUCCUGCAGGAGCUGAAGCUUAACGGGAACUCCAUCGGCGACCUUGGGGCCAAGGAGACCGAACCACUUGUGGGUACAGAAAAUUCCGUCGCUGCCCGUGAACUUGCUUUAUCGCAUGCCGUGGAACCUGCCUUCGCAGGUACGCUAGCAAUGCCGGACAUGCUAGAGGACUAUAAGGCCCUUGCCGACGGCCUCCGGGGCCACUCGGCACUGGAGGUUCUGUGGCUCUUCCAGAACCGCAUCGGCGAUGCAGGUUUGCAGGCCCUGGGUGUUGGGUUGGGGGAGCCCAUGCACGAUGCUCUCCCGACAUCGGUGUACAUGUCUGUCGAAUUGUGUUGGAUCUGUGACUUUAACGCUGUGGGACAAGCCUCGGCCGGGGCCUCGCAGGUGGGGAAAGUGAAGGGGAACCGGUUAUUCAUCUUGCCUUACCUUGCCUCACACGAGGCAAAAGAUGAGGGGGAGAGUAACCGCGGAGUGGCGCAGAACCAAACGUUGGAGAGAAGGGGCAGAGGGGUAGUGGUAAGGUGGAAGAAAAGGAUGUUGGAAACCUACACGCCCAGGGGGGGAGAUACGGUAGAGCAUUUAAGAGAGGCCUUGGCGGGUGCGCUCUGCAGCCACGGCCGCCUCCGGGACCUCAGCCUCGCCCGCAACCGCUUCGGUGACGAGGGCGCCGAGGCGCUCGGGGCCGCCCUCUGCUCCUGGCCGCUCCUGCAGGAGCUGAACCUCGACAGGAACUCCAUCGGCGACCUUGGGGCCAAGGCCUUGGCUCCGGCUCUGCGAAAACUCACCGGGCUCCGUUUGCUGACUCUUCCUUUCAACGAGCUGGGAGCCGCUGGGAAGGAGGCCGCAGACUCUGCCGUGACCGCCGCGUGUCAGCACCUCCCGGCACUGGACCUGCAACUCUAG